CACAUACUAAGAGGGGAAAGAUAUCCAAUGGCGAAGGUCCAGCUCCUCCCCACCCUCGUUGCCCUCUGCCUUGCCCUCGCCGGCGUUGCGCUUGCCGCUCCCAAGUUCGUCAUCGAAGGCCGCGUCUACUGCGACACCUGCCGUGCCGGCUUCCAGACCGCCGUCAGCCAGUACAUUGCAGGUGCCAAGGUCAAGCUGCAAUGCAGAAACUACGAGACCGACGCGGUGGAGCACCUGGUCGAGGGCGUGACGGACAACACCGGCACGUACCACAUCGAGGUGGAGGACAGCCACGAGGAGGAGAUCUGCGAGGUGUCGCUGCUGCAGAGUCCGCAACCAGGCUGCACAGAGGUGGCGCAAAGCAGGAACCGUGCCCGCAUCCUGGUCACCGGCAGGAGCGGCUUGGCCUCCGACAUCCGUUAUGCGAACUCCCUAGGCUUCCUCAAGGACGAGCCGCUGCAACAGUGUGGGCUGUUGCUGCAGCAGUAUGCUUUGGGCGUCGAUGACUAAGACAAGAAGGCAAGGCAUCUAACAUUAAGUAUAUG